AUGACCGAAUCUAAAUCCCCCGUCCGGCAUGGAAACCAGGUGGAGUGCUUUCUGGACGGCCUGCCUCCUUCCACGAAUAGGUACCCAUAUGAAGGGAAAGAGCAAUUCGAUCGAAUCCUCAAAUUUGAAUUCGACCGUCUUCAACGCGCAUUGAGCUGUCUCCAGUCUAAAUCGAUCGACCGCAAUUCCCUCGAAUUAUCCGAAUACUUUGUUAUUGCCAUUGGUCCCUCCUCCUUUAAGCAGGACUUUUUACUCUGUGAGACCAGCUCUGGUCUUCAUCUCUCUUACCACGCAGCUCAACAAACCCUGAUUGUCAGAAUGACAACCACUGAACACGCGCAAGUUAUCGGGGCAUUGAACGCUGAAAUCAUGGCAAUUUUGCAGCGGAUGGAUCUUUAUCGAGCAGUCCAAAUUUAUGGAAAUGUGGAUGUCGACGUUAGCAACGGGAACGUGAAGCGGCCAGAUUGGGGCUGGGGCCCCAUUCGGCGUUCCGGUGGCCCUAAACGACCUGGGGUAGUUGUUGAAGUUGGAGUUUCUGAAACUACAACAAAGUUGCGCAACGAUGCCAGAAUGUGGGUGGACCCCGUUAAGGGUCAGGUAAACAUGGCCAUCACUAUCAAGGUCGACCGUACAAACCCUAGGAUCACACUCGAUACCUACGAAUGGGACUCACCUACUCAACGUCCCCAGGUCACACAAUCAUGUGUGAUCGAAGAGACUAGCACCAAAGUUACAGUCUCUCAGUGCCCGAUUACCAUCCCCUUCAAUUACAUGCUCCAACGAUCCCCCGAAAUUCCCAAAGAGACCGAAAUUCGACUAGAAAAACAGAACCUCAUUGAUAUGGCAAACCUCACAUGUACCUCCGAGAUGCACCGCUUCACCACAAAACGCGAGGCAUGUUAA